AUGAAUUCAAUCAAAGGAAUUUUAGACGAAUCUAAAUCAGUUAUUGCAGAGACUUGUCUUAUUUGGGCGAUUAAACCUGAAAGGGAUCAUGAGAAGACUGAUUUGUUGAAAUUUUUAAUCGAUAGAAUUGAUCAACCGGAAAAGGCAUUGAAAAAUGCGUUAGAUCAUUACAAAGUUGGAUUAAGAUUCGAUUUCAAGUCAAUCAAAACAACAAAGGAAGUUAGAUCAUUAACGGUUCAUUCAAACCUUUAUUAUUGGAUACUUAAAAGUUUUGGUCCAAGCUCGGAAAUUACACAACUGUGUUUUGAUGAUAUUGUUGAAUCACGAACCUGGAUAGAUAUAAAGUUACAAGAAAUACCUCAAAGGGAAGUUCCAGUGCGCCUUACUACCCGUGCUUUUAAUUCUAUUUGUUCAAUUUAUCUUGAAUUUUGUAACGACAAAGUUCCAUUUAAACCCAGUUACUUACCAUAUUUGCAAUUGGUCAAUCAAAAUGAAAUAAUUGAACCAUUGUUUGGAGUAUGCUUACCUAUGAUAUUUGGUUUACAAUUGAAAGGAAGGUUCCCUUUUGAGAUUACUUAUGAUUAUAAAAGACCAGAAGUUAUUGUUCAAAAUUUUAAGAGAAAAUUUAACGUGAUGAAUGAUAAUCAACAAAGUACCUAUGAAAAGAAAAGUUGGUAUGAUCUAUUAAAGGAGUAUGAAAAACUAAUUCUUGGAAAUGAAUUUGAAUUCACUGAGAGGUUUAAAAAUAAUUUUGAAAUUUUUUGGAAAAGAAAACCAUUUAUUGAUGAUGACCAAAUUAAUGAUGAAGGUGAUACAGAUAAGACAUCAAAUGAACUUCUAAAAAGUUCCGUCGCACGACAAAUGUAA